GGUUGAUUCCGUUCCAAGAUUUUUAUUCCGCACCGCAGUCUUUUCAUAUAUGUAAUAUUACUGCAAUAUAUUGUUCGUGAUGGUGUCCUGUAAAAGGCCAUGGAUUUGAUGAAAACGAAAGUGUGUGCACGUGGGAGGAAUAUGAGUUCCUAGACUUGUCAGAUGUGAAAGAGGCGGAGCUUAGCAGUCUGCAGUGUGCACUAUUUGAGAGGAAUCCCGACUGUUCUGUGCCCACAUCAACUGCAUUGGGUUGGACAGAGCCUGUAACAGAUUUUUCAUCGUGUUCAUCGAGCACAGCGGGCGCACCGACCGUGUCGAGCAGCCUGGAUAGUCUGUCGGGCGGCGAGUGCGAGAUGGCGCCCCACUCGCCGCAACGGGGCGCGGCCGGGCCGCCGCCGCACGCCCCUCCGCACGCCCCGCCGCCGCCAUACGUGCAGCCUCCUCCGACCUACCCUCCGCCCCCACAGUGGCCCGUCGCACCCCCCAACGUCUACGUUAGCCAGGUCACCGCCAACGUCAACGUACACGGCUACAUGGGACAGUACUACCAGCCGCCCCAGCAUCAAUAUGUGCCACCGCCGCCGCAAGUCGAAAGGCCGCCUCGCAAUCACAGACGAGACAGACGUGGCAAAAGAGCACCAUCGCCUCCGCCUCAACCGCCACCGUAUUACGUUCAAUACCCGCAGUAUUAUCCAGCGGCGCAAGCGCAGGGUGCACCUUUGUACCAUUUACCGAUGUAUCAACCGCUAGUCUACGGUCCGUAUGCUUAUCCACCGUACUAUCCUGAAUACCCAAUACCAGUUGAAGGCGAUGCUGGUGAAAAGGGUCCCGAUGAGUAUCAGCAAGAGGUCGUCAUGGAACAGGAAGCGGUGGACGCAUAUUACGCUAGUGCACAUUACGCAGGCCCGCCUUAUGGACCUCCGGUAGAAGGGGGCGUGGAAUACAUGCCACCUAUGUAUUUGCCGCCGCCUCCACAUCCGGGACCGAUUCCAAUACCACAGCAGCUACCUCACCAGUCGACUCCCCAUCAAUUCAACGUGCAUGCGAAGAACUUUGUUCAAGGCCAGAACCAUACGAAAAACUAUACACCUCCCGAUAAAACGGAUAAGAAUGCAACAGCUACCGCGUCAGCAUCCGCGAGUGGCACUGCAGGAUCGGUCGAAUCACUUCCCAUGAAAGAUCUCAAAAUAAGCAGUAAGGGUCCAAGUAGUCCCAAACAGAAUGAACGCCCUGCAGACUCGAAUCAACCAAAAGCUUCUUCAAAUGAUAAGGUUUCGCCAACACUAAAAACAGAUUCUACGAAACCCGCGUGGUCGCCGAAUGAAAAUAAAGCAGCAGAGGCCAACAGCCAAGCGCAAAAUGUCCCUAAAACUUUCCCACCUGCUCCAAAUGGUCAAACCACUAACAAUAAAGCACCACCUGUUGUUGGAAAAACGCCUAAGGGACCCGCGGCGCCUUUCUCUGGCGGCAAACAACCACCGAAACCUUCAUUGCCUCAGACAGCAGUGCCAGUUCAAUCUGUCUCUAUACCUAAAGCUCCAUUCGGAAACAGACAAAAGCGAGAGGGAAUAAACCGUUCACCCUCUAAUGAUAACACAGAAGGUGACAAAAUAAAUACUGAACAACACCCAAAACGUGAGCCACCUUUACCACCAAGCAAAGCGCCGAUGCCUAUUUCCAUCACUCUGCAUUCUCAAGGUCCACCUCUAAUAGUCACAAAUAAGUCUCCAUUCGGACACUCUAGAAAAGUAGCCCCCAUCCCUGAACCACCGCCAGUGCCCCAGCCGCCUCCUCCUGCUCCAACCGCAUCAGAUUUUCCCCCACCCCCCACACCCCGGAACAGAGGUGAACCAUCUCCAACAGUCGUCCAACCUAAUCCCCCGCCUGCCCCUGGUAAAUCAUGGGCAAGUCUGUUCUCAAACAAAAGUACCACUAUAACAGCGUCUCCACCCACAACAGUCCCUAUUGAAGAACCUUCGAGUCCGACUACAACCACACCGCCGGUUCCAUCGAAUGUGCAAAAACCAAUUGCGAAAGUGCCUCCAUACGAUGCAUCGCCACUACAAAAUGCUGUGAUUGAUAAAUCUUCACCUACGCCAAAACCGGUGACGACUAUGACUCCAACUGUCUCAUAUUCAGAGAAGACUUCGGUUAAUGCUGUCAGCAACACUGCUAACUCUUUGGCUCCUGUGAAACCGAGUACCACACCUGUGACUACAGAAGUGCAAAUACCAAUCCAGAAAGAUCCGUCACCAGCGAUGCCUAUUCAACCAUCGCCAUUCAGCGAUGAUCCUAACUCAUACAGGAUGGGAGAAUUUCUAACAAAAUAUCAAUUGGACAACAGACCCGUAUCACUUCUUCCCCGUGGACUCACAAACCGUUCAAACUAUUGCUAUGUAAAUGCCAUUUUGCAAGCAUUGAUCGCAUGCCCGCCGUUUUACAACAUGUUGAAAGCACUUCCGUACCAGACUCGGCAUGGAAAAUCAAGCACACCUGUAAUCGACUCCAUGGUAGAGUUAUGUUACGAGUUCGGGCCGCUGGCCAGCGUAACGCGUCGCCGCGGUGAAGCGGGAGUUGGGUCGGGAAGUGGUGCCGGCGUGGCGCCCGCAGUGCCGGCCGGGCCUCCGCUGGACGGCGCCGCGGGCCUACGCGUGCUGCGGGCGCUGCGCCCCUUCCCAGGCUCACAAGAGGGCAGGCAGGAAGAUGCAGAAGAAUUCCUUGGCUGCUUGCUCAACUCUCUUAAUGAUGAAAUGCUUGAGCUGAUGAAACUAGUGGAGCCUGAAGAACCUAAAAAUGCUAACAACCGACCAAACGGUGUUGUCACUCAAGAACAACCUCCAGAGGAAGACGACGACAAUGACGAAUGGAAGGUGAUGGGACCAAAAAACCGUGGGGCAGUAGAAAGGCGCUGGGCGGCGCGACGAACUCCAGUAGCUGAUAUCUUCAGAGGCCGUACUCGCCAUCGGUUACAUCGCGCUCAUCAUCAUGACGUCACUGAUGCUGUGCAACCUUUCUUCACUCUGCAGCUUGAUAUUGAGCGUUCUAACACCGUCAAAGAUGCCUUGGAACUUCUGGCUGGCAAAGACACAUUGGAAGGCGUGUCUGAUGCCUGGCAGCAACUAUCUAUUGAAGAACUGCCAGUGGUGCUCCUUUUACACCUCAAGUGCUUCCAGCUUGACUCCGAAGGUCAUACUGCAAAAAUUGUCAAGAAUAUAGAUUUCCCAAUAGACCUGAAGAUAGACCCUAAGAUAAUGUCUGCGAAGUUAAAAUAUACACAAAAGCAACGCCUUUAUAAGUUGUUUGCGGUUGUGUAUCACGAAGGAGUAGAAGCUGUGAAGGGCCAUUAUGUCACUGAUACUUACCAUGGUCAGGUUGGCUGGAUAAGGUAUGAUGAUUCCACGGUGACUCAGGUUACAGAUACUCAGGUAUUAAAGCCUAAGCCUCCUAGGAUGCCAUACUUGCUCAUGUACCGACGACAUGAUAUGUUGCCUCCACACAGAGCCACCGGAAAACCGGAAUAGAACUGGAUAGUCUCUCAAACACUUGAAAAGCGUUUGAUACGAACUAAAAACUUAAGUGUUAUACCAGUGAGAACAGUGAUAAAAAAGAAUUUGUAUUUAUAUCUGUAAAUAAACAAGACUCAUGUGCCUAUCAGAUUAGUUCACAGCACAACGAAAUUGUCUCAUUAUAUUUAAGUACACUAUGUUAAAGCCUCAAAUUAAUGUAAUUGAAUGAAUUGUUGCUGUACGUUUUCUAUUUGCCUAUCUAUUAUGAUUGCAAAUAUUUGGAACUGUUUUUGUCUCAUGAUUUUCAUUUCUAAUUAGGAUUAUUUAGUUUUCCCUUAAUUUCUUUUUGUAUCAUAGAUGUACAUUAUACUUAAAAUUAUUAUUUAUGUUUAGGUGUUUUAUGACUGUAAAUAAAUUUAAAUUUAGAUUGUAUAUAAAAUGUUCACACCUUUUUUAUUACGCCAAAAUAAGACGGAGACGGAUAAGUAAGUAUAUUUGAUCAAAAUGUUGAGUCACUCCAAUCAAAAAUUGCUUGUUAAACGUAUCGUGUGCGAGAUCGUAACCUAGAUAUAUAAGAGGAGUUGAGCAAAAUUGAUGGGACCUUAAAUUUUUAUCAAGUUUGUGAAAUUCCAUAAAAUCUUAGUCAGUUAUUUUUUUUAAAUGCUCUUGUCACUUAUAUGUAUCUGCCAAAGUUUUUAAUAGUAUAUUUAUUUGUUGCAACUCCUCCAAGAUUAGAUACUAAGUUUGGACAAUACGGAAUUGUGCUAUAAAUAAUUUUAAAAAAAUAUUAAAAAAAUGUACCAUAGUAAUGUGUAACUUUGUAUUGAUUAUAUAUAAAUUAAUAACAUCAGUUUUAAUAAAAAAAUGGUUGAUCCGUUGGAAAGUACAAAGUUCUGAUAUUGUUGUGAUAUGGAAAGUUAUUAAAUGCCAGAGUGUAUUUUGAGAUCUAUGUGGUGUUUGUAUAUCGUAAAGGGUAGAAUGUAUAGAGGUGUUAUGGUCGGUGUCCACCAUUAGUUUUGAAAGGUUUGAGUCCUUAUUCCAUUUACGAAUAAUUUUAUUAUGUACAAGUGUUUCGGUAUAACAUUAUAAUUGAUCUUCUCGGUAUAUAAAUUAUAAAAUUGAUUGUAUGUAACAUUCAGACUUGUAAGAAACCAUCUACAAGUAUUGAUGCGAUAGCCAAAAAUGGGAUAAGUAUAUCCUGGGCGAAUUUAAUUGCAGUAAUAUGCAUGUUUGAAUUUGCUUUUUGUUAUGUGCAUGAGUUAGCAUGCAUGUUUUAUUUAAGUAUUUUGCGAUUUAUUUUAUAUGCAAUAGAUGCGGGCGAUCAUUUGAUAACCAGAGCAGUAAACUUUUUUACAUAAUAUAUUCUCAUGAGAAAAUAUAAGAAUAGCGUUUUCACUUACAAUGAGAAGCUAAAACUCAAAAUGUGAUAAAAUAUCAGACAUUUGGAUAAACUAUUAUAGCUAAUAUAGUUGAUAAUGUAAUCAACUAUAUUGUAAAAUUUCAUCCCACAUAAUCUCUGGCAUUAAGUUACUAUCGUCUAAAGGUUUUUAAAUUUGCCCAUUUCAAGAAAAUCUUGAAAAUUAUUUUAGAAUUGCCCGCAUCUAAUGCAACAACGCCGGUCAUCACGCUAUUCACGUAACUCUGUGCUCUGACGGACCGGAAGCUAGGCAAUGAGUGUAAUGUGACUGUGCCCUUUGCUAUGUGAUAUGUGGUUUGGACGAUUACUAUGAAUUGUUUAAUAAUAUUCAUUGUAUAAUAUUGUUAUAACUAUGUAAGUGUUAAAUAUAAAUAAAUUAUAUUAUGGUGUGUUG